GCAUGUCUAGCUGUGGUUUGCUGAUGCUGUUGCUGCAUGCUGUUGACAUUGAGCUAUGCUGAUUGCCAUAAAGCUUCUUGUCAGAGUCUGAGGUUGCAUUAACUCUCAGGAUAAUUUAAUCUGAAUGCUUUGUCCAGUUUCAGUUACUCCCUGCAAAAAAAUGUUUUAGUCGUGAGUUAAUGAGCUCGCUCUACGCCCUUUGGUUGGCUUUGAAAUGUUUCCAGAGCUCCUUAAAAUAGAAACUUUGACACAUUUGAAUACAUUUGCUGAGAUAAUUAAACCUAAAAGCACUCUGACAAGUUUGUUUAAUUCAAGGCAUGUUAAAGGAAGUGUUUGUGUAUGAUCGUAAUGCCUCAAAGUCUAUUUUUCUUUCCUCUGUGUGUCCAAUUAUGUGUGUGUUCAUGUCUAUGUGUAUUGUGUGUAUAGCGCGGGACUAUGAGAUUCAGCGAGACUGUAUUGAGUUGGGACGCUGCAUAGGCGAGGGUCAGUUUGGAGACGUCCAUCAAGGAGUCUACAUCAGUCCGGAGAACCCGGCACUGUCUGUGGCAGUGAAGACCUGUAAGAACUCCACGUCAGACAGCGUCAGGGAAAAGUUUCUCCAAGAAGCUUUAACCAUGCGCCAGUUUGACCACCCUCACAUUGUGAAGCUGAUGGGAGUCAUCACUGAGAACCCGGUCUGGAUCAUCAUGGAGCUCUGCACACUUGGAGAGUUACGGUCAUUUCUCCAGGUGAGGAAGUACAGUCUGGACUUGGCCUCUCUCAUCUUGUACUCAUAUCAGCUCAGCACAGCUCUUGCAUAUCUGGAGAGCAAGCGCUUUGUACACAGGGACAUCGCAGCGAGGAACGUGUUGGUGUCGACAGCGGACUGUGUGAAGCUCGGGGACUUUGGGUUGUCACGCUACAUGGAAGACAGUUCUUAUUACAAAGCAUCUAAGGGUAAACUUCCUAUUAAAUGGAUGGCUCCUGAGUCCAUAAACUUCAGGCGUUUCACCACAGCCAGUGACGUCUGGAUGUUUGGCGUCUGUAUGUGGGAGAUCUUAAUGUUUGGAGUCAAGCCUUUCCAGGGUGUGAAGAACAACGAUGUCAUCGGCAGGAUAGAAAACGGCGAGCGACUGGCCAUGCCCCCUCAGUGCCCUCCUACUCUCUACAGCUUGAUGACAAAGUGUUGGUCGUAUGACCCCAGCAAGAGGCCACGCUUCACCGAACUCAAAACACAGCUAAGCACUAUUUUAGAGGAGGAGAAACUCCAGCAGAAGGAGAGGAACAGGAUGGAGAUGAGGAGACAGGUCACUGUUUCCUGGGACUCUGGAGGUUCUGAGGAAGCACCGCCCAAACCCAGCAGACCAGGUUAUCCCAGUCCUCGCUCAAGUGAAGGUUUUUAUCCUGGUUCCCAACAUCCUGGACACUACCAGAUGGCAGGGUACCCCGGCCCUCACACGCUCCCCUCAGUGCCCAGUGCCCUGUACCCCCCACAGGCUACGAUGCUGGAAACACACCACGCACACACACACCCCCGCCACCAUGUCCACACACACUCACAUGCACAGCACCUACCCCAGCCACAUGGACACGACAUGGCACUGUGGGGCUCCGCCAUGGAGGACAGGGCAGUAGACAUGCAGCAGUGUGUAGGCCCGCAGUGCCUGUUAAUGGAGGAACAGCUGAUGAUACAACAACAGCAGAUGGAGGAGGACCAGAGGUGGCUGGAGCAGGAGGAAAGGCUGCUGAAACCAGACUCUAGAAGUUCUAGAGGCAGUCUGGACAGAGACGACGGUGGACUCCAACCACCAACAGGAAACCAGCACAUAUACCAACCCGUUGGCAAAGCAGAUCAUGCAGCUCCCCCAAAGAAACCCCCUCGACCAGGAGCUCAGAGCCAAGUGGGCAGCCUGGCCUGUUUGAAUACUGGAGAUAGUUACAAUGAUGGAGUCAAGCCCUGGCGGCUGCAGCCACAAGAGAUAAGCCCACCCCCCACGGCCAAUCUGGACCGCUCCAAUGACAAAGUAUACGAGAACGUGACGGGAUUGGUCAAGGCUGUGAUUGAGAUGUCGAGCAAGAUUCAGCCUGCUCCUCCAGAGGAAUAUGUUCCCAUGGUCAAGGAUGUCGGUCUUGCCUUGAGGACGUUAUUGGCCACAGUGGAUGAGACCUUACCACAACUUCCAGCCAGUACACACAGAGAGAUAGAGAUGGCGCAGAAACUUCUGAACUCUGACUUGGCAGAGCUAAUUGGGAAGAUGAAGUUAGCCCAGCAGUAUGUGAUGACCAGCCUCCAGCAGGACUAUAAAAAGCAGAUGUUGACAGCGGCUCACGCACUUGCAGUGGAUGCAAAGAACCUGCUGGAUGUCAUCGACCAAUCACGACUAAAGAUGAUGGCUCAGUCCCGCCCACACUAGCCCCACGAGAGCUGGGCUGACCAACAGGAGGCGGUCUGCUCUGAAGCUUCAUUUGUGGUUCUUGUCAGCAGUGGAGGAAAAUUAAUAAAGACUCCUGGAUGAGUGACGCCAAUCAUGAUAUUUGAGACUUGUUGGAGCUGACUGAUUUAUAUCAAAGGAGGAAGCAGUGGCUCUGGCAUUUUUACAGCAAUCCGUGACAAAUCCUGAGAUGUUGAAUCCUGUGUCAAACUCUCCACCACUGUGACUCGCUUAAUACAAGAACAGAGCAACAAAACUUCCUGAAUCAGGGACUCGGCAGCUUCACUCUUUUUGAACUGGAAUAUAAAGAUGGACCCAAGAUGAGCCUGAUUCCUGGGGUCCCAAGUUUAAAAGGUUUAAAAACCCUCUGACAGUAACCCUAUCAUUGGAGCGAGUGGAUGAUGUGUUGUUUACAUCGGGUGGAUCUCAAGCGAAGUCAACAGAAACUGAUCAGACUGUGUUUGAUCUGCAACAUAUCUGCAUGAAACUUCCCUGUGAGAAUAGACUCAGAAGUCAGCCAGCAGCCAUGUCAGUACAUUUUGUGGGUGUAGUGUGUUUUGACCCCCUGGAUGUGAAUCUCCUCCUCAGUUGAAAUACCUCUGCAUUGCCAUGGAUUAUUUCGAAUGAGUAGGCCAAGCGCUGCUUUGUUUGGACUGUUUAACCAAGUAAAGACAAUUCACGGUUACGUUUGGAGAAGCAGCCUCCGCCCUUCAUUGCUCCUCCUGUUUCUCUCUUCCACCCAUUCCCGUCUUCCUUCUGUCUCACCAAGUUUUAUUUAUCAGAAAUUUCAGAGGAGGAGACGGAGGAACAGACGGUAAGAAAAAAACUGCUGCCUGAGAAAGAAAACACUAUGCGCCUCUUUCCUCUCUUUUUCUCUCUAUUGUCAUCUUACUUUUUCUUCUGUUUGUUUCCAUCCUUUCCUCCUUCCUUAAGUCUUCCUCAGCUCUUCUCUGAGCAGGUUUUUAAGACUCCUAAUGUGAAGAAUCCAACUGUGUCUGGGUAAUCACAACAGACAGGAAACUCCCUACAAGCACUCAUUUUAGUCAACUCUUUAUGGCGGCUGGCUCCUUGUUUUUUUUAUGUCGUUUACUUCAGUCACAUUCUUCUUCCUCUGUACUGAUAAUCAAUCCCAGCAUUGACUCUGAUGAGCAAAAAAAAGAAAAGAAAAAAGAAAUAGUAGGUGGAUUUAAGGAUUUUGAAGUCUGAAAGACUUGAUACUUCCUGUUCAUCAAUGAGGCAAGAGGAGGACGUCGUUGCCUCAAACUGAUCUACCAUUUCUUUCUGUAAGUUGAGUGUUUCCUCUUCCUUACUCUUCACCUACAGUCCCAUAUCGGUCAGUUUCUCCUCAAAUAGGACUGAUGUAACACCUUGAACUCUCAAACACCCGGGAACACAAUCAAACCUCAGAACUGGAACCUUUGUGCUUUGAAUCCCAGUUUCCCAGUUGUGUAACUCUUUAGAUAUUUCCCCCUCUAACAACAGGGAAACAAACACACAUGAAAUGUGGAGCCUGAGACUGGGAAAAACAACAGAAAAUACAGCAGAUCACGUGUGUCUUUGUUAAUACUGACCCCACAUGGAGUUUGACCUACUCCUAUAUCAAAUAUACUGGUGUCUGCACUGGUAUAGCAUGGUAUACUGGUAUGGAGAGAGCAUAUUUGCACAGCACCAAAAUAAAGAAUAAAAACACUUUUGAACCUUAUUCAACCCAGAUUGGAUUUUCAUGUUCAGCCAGUGAUGACAUCAUCAAUAACCUGGGUGGUACAGGGAUACAAACUGCUUACAAAACAAAAAAAAUCUAUUUUAUCUCCUUGUUGUUGUGUAAAUCUGCUCAUGUUGGUAUAUUGUAAGCUAUACUGGUGUGUAUCACUGGUGAAUUGUACAGAACUCGUACUAGUAAACACUGGUUUUUAUUUUGUCUUCUGGGCGAAAUCAGCCAUCUUGUCAAAUAGAUGAAAAAAAAACAACAAUAAAAAUAAUGACGAAAUGGAAA